AUGCCCAAGGAGAACUGCACCGUGCUGACCGAGUUCAUUCUCUUGGGUUUCACUGACCGUCUGGAGCUGGAGAUACCUUUGUUUGGGCUCUUCCUACUCAUCUACGCCACCACUUUGGUGGGGAACGCUGGCCUCAUUGUGCUCGUCCAGCUCAAUGCCUGCCUUCACACCCCCAUGUACUACUUCCUAAGCAAUUUAUCCUUCUUAGACCUUAGCUGUUCAUCUGCCAUUGCUCCCAAGAUGCUGGUCAAUCUGUUAGCACGGCGGAAGACCAUUUCUUUAGUUGGCUGCGCGUCACAGAUGUUUCUCUUUGCUGCCUUCACCGAUGCGGAGUGCCUCAUUCUGGCUGCGAUGGCCUACGACCGCUACGUGGCCACAUGUCAUCCUCUCGUCUACACCGUUGCCAUGUCCCGCAGGGUCUGCACCUCCAUGGUAGCUGGGGCUUAUCUCAGCGGGGGUCUGACCUCGCUGGUGCACACAUCUUUCACAUUCACGUUGUCGUUCUGCAGCUCCAAUGUAAUCAACCAUUUCUUCUGUGACGUUCCCCCACUGCUGGAGCUCUCCUGCUCCAGCACGCGCACCAGCGAGGUGCUGCUCUUCACCUUCUGCGGCUUUGUACAAACCAGCACCUUCCUGAGCAUUGCUGUCUCCUACGCCUGCAUCCUCAGCACCAUCCUGCGGAUCCACGGGGCAGACAGCAGGCACAAAGCCUUCUACACCUGCACCUCCCAUCUGAUGGCUGUUGGGUUGUUCUACGGCUCCCUCCUCUUCAUGUAUUUACGGCCCAGCUCCAGCUACUCGCUGGACACAGACAAAGCGAUCUCUGCGUUUUAUACUGUCGUCUUUCCCAUGCUGAACCCCCUGAUUUACAGCCUGAGGAACAAAGAGGUGAAGGAUGCCCUACAGAGAACAGCAGCGAGAAGAGUGUUUUCUCAGUGA